AGCUAAACUACACUAUGCUAAGCUAAACUAACCAAACCAGCGGAGAGUAACGGGAGCCAUCAGCGCCUUUCUCUCUUUCAUUCUCCCGUUUCUCCUUCAGAUAGCGCCGAAAUGACGGAGCUGCGGCACCGCGGGACGGCGGAGCACGACCUGAAGCAGCAGCAGUCCGAGGAUAAGGGCUCGGAGGCGGAGGAUAAGAUAGAGAAAGAUGGCGGAGCAUCAGAUAGUGAUGGUAAAGUGGACACAGGUGUCCCUGAGGUUCCCGUACCUGCAGAUGACACGCCGGAGGUCCUCAACAAAGCCCUGUCGGGCCUGUCGUCACGGUGGAAGAACUGGUGGGUGCGGGGCAUCCUCACGCUGGCCAUGAUCUCCUUCUUCUUCCUCAUCAUCUAUCUCGGGCCCAUAGUGCUGAUGAUGAUUGUCCUCAUCGUCCAGAUCAAGUGUUUUCAUGAGAUAAUAACCAUCGGCUACAGCGUGUACCACUCCUACCACCUGCCCUGGUUCAGGACUCUCAGCUGGUACUUCCUGUUGUGUGUGAACUACUUCUUCUAUGGUGAGACGGUGACAGACUACUUCUUCACACUGGUGCAGAGGGAGGAGCCUCUACGGAUCCUCAGCAAAUACCAUCGCUUCAUCUCCUUCGCCCUCUACCUCACAGGGUUCUGUAUGUUCGUACUGAGCCUGGUGAAGAAGCACUACCGGCUGCAGUUCUACAUGUUUGGCUGGACCCAUGUGACUCUGCUGAUCGUGGUCACUCAAUCUCACCUCAUCAUCCAUAACCUGUUCGAAGGAAUGAUCUGGUUUAUUGUACCCAUCUCCUGUGUGAUCUGUAACGAUAUCAUGGCGUAUAUGUUUGGAUUCUUCUUCGGGAGAACUCCUCUCAUCAAGCUUUCCCCUAAGAAGACCUGGGAAGGUUUUAUAGGUGGAUUCUUCGCCACUGUGGUCUUCGGGAUCCUGUUAUCGUAUGUGAUGGCGGGGUAUCGGUACUUCGUGUGUCCGGUGGAGUUCAGUAACGACUCUAACAGUUUUACUGUAGACUGUGAACCUUCUGAACUCUUCCAGCUGCAGGACUACACCCUGCCCACCGUCCUCGAGUCCAUCACCGGCUGGACCACGGUGAAGCUGUACCCGUUCCAGAUCCACAGCAUCGCCCUCUCCGCCUUCGCCUCCAUCAUGGGGCCGUUCGGAGGAUUCUUCGCCAGUGGAUUCAAGAGAGCCUUCAAGAUAAAGGACUUUGCCAACACCAUUCCUGGUCAUGGAGGAAUUAUGGACCGCUUCGACUGCCAGUAUCUCAUGGCCACGUUUGUAAAUGUUUACAUUGCGAGUUUCAUCAGAGGACCAAACCCUACUAAGGUGAUCCAGCAGUUGCUCGCCCUGCGGCCGGACCAGCAGCUCUACAUCUACAACUCUCUGAAGACCCACCUGACCGAGCGAGGCCUGCUGACCACCCUGGAGGAGGCGGCGGCCUAGACCCCGCCCACCCCCAGGAGCCAAUGGGGGGCGAGAGAGCUCCGGCCUGAGUGACAAGUAGGAAAGAGAGAGAGAGAAAGAGAGAGAGAGAGAGAGAGAGAGAGAGAGAGAGGGGGGCAUCACAGGGCAUCAUACCUUCUGGUGGGCAGGUGUUUGGAUGGAGGUGGGCGAGAUGCUUCAGGAUAAAAGAAGAAAAACAGAAACUAUAAAGCCUUUGGUUCAUUCCAUAUUUGUUUGAGUGUGUGUGUGUGUGUGUGUGAGAGAGAGAGUGUGUGUGUGUGUAGAGGUGGGAAAACUGUCCCUAAGAAAGUAAUUAUUUUAAAAUAAUUAUUUUGGGGAAAUUGUCCUGAAGUUAUCCUGAGGAAAUCUUCUGCAGAGACUUGCCCUAAAGAAAUCUCGACUUAAUCUGUACCAAGGAAAACAUCAAGAUCAAUGUCCUAAAUAAAAUACAAUUAUUUUUAUUAA